AUGGACGCGGCGAGGAUGAAUUCCUUCCUCGAGUACCCGCCCGUCCUCAACGGCGACGCCGCCGCCGCCUGCUCGCCCCGGGCCUCCUACCACCACCACCACCACCACCACCACCCCGACCAUGGGAUUACAACCACGUUCCAGUCGUGCGCUGUCAGUGCCAACAGCCUCGGCGGGGACGACCGCUUCCUGGUGGGCAGGGGGGUCCAGAUAAGCCCCCACCACCCCCACCACCAGACGGGGGCUUACCAGCAUCACCCCAGUCUGGGGAUGUCCUACUCGCACCCGAGCUGUGGGCCAAGCUACGGCGCGCAGAACUUCGGCGCGGGGGGCUACGGCCACUACCCCCUCGGCCAGGAGGCAGAGAUUAAUGGGGGCUACCCCCCGUGCGCCCCGGCCCUCUACUCUGGAAACGUCUCGUCGCCCAUGGUUCAGCACCCCCAGGGUUACUCCGGGGGUGCCGUGAGCUCUGCUCCGUUCCUGCCCCACUCCUACGGAGACGAGCAGCAGAACUUGCCCCUGACGAAUUACAGCCACCCCUUGUCCCCUCUUCAUGCGGGCCAUCAGGAGACCUGUGGCUCACCUUCUUCGGAGACCUCCCCUCCAGCUCAGACCUUUGACUGGAUGAAAGUGAAGAGGAAUCCGCCUAAAACAGGCAAAGCCGGCGAGUACGGUUACAUCGGCCAGCCGAACACCGUCCGCACCAACUUCACCACCAAGCAGCUGACGGAGCUGGAGAAAGAAUUCCACUUCAACAAGUACCUGACCAGGGCCCGCAGGGUGGAGAUCGCGGCUUCCCUGCAGCUGAACGAGACGCAGGUCAAGAUCUGGUUCCAGAACCGCAGGAUGAAGCAGAAGAAGAGGGAGAAGGAGGGCCUGCUGCCCAUCUCCCCGGCCACCCCGACGGGGAGCGAGGAGAAAACGGAGGAGUCCUCAGAGAAGUCCAGUCCGUCCCCCUGUACCCCUUCACCAGCUUCCUCUACCUCAGAAACCCUGACUACCUCGAAUUGA